AUGGCAUACCAGUUCUUUUCAAAGAAUCAGGCAAGGCCAGCGACUUCUUCGUCUUCGCUUUCUCCUCCCCCAACCAACCGCCAACCUGCGCGGCCUCCUAUCCACCCCCGUCCAGUCCAACCGCCUCAACCAGCCGUCGCAAACACGUCGGCCCGGAAACACUCGAAAGAAGAGAUAUUUGACCUAUAUCCUCAUGAUAUUCCAGCUGGUGCAGCAACUCCACAUCCCCAUAUAACAGUCGAGAAAGUCAAUACGGCGCAUAUCCCUUCCUUGACGCGGAUCACGGGCUUACUUCUUCCCAUGCGCUACCCGAACUCGUUCUACACAGCUAUCAUAACCGAUCCGGUGAUCGCUUCUAUUUCACGAGUUGCUAUCUACCAUGACCAUCCUGUUGGUGUAGCCCCGGGGUCCGGCACAUCUGCUGGGACGGACAAAGUGAUCGGCGGCAUCCGGUGUCGGCUAGAGAAAAUCCGACAGGCAGAGGACUCAAACAAAGAGACCCAAAUCACAGGGAACGGAUGUCGCACAAAUCUCUACAUCCAGACGCUACAUCUUCUCUCCCCAUACCGGGGCUGUGGUGUGGCUGCAUCACUGCUGAAUUCGCUUCUCUAUGCGGACCGCAAGGAGAAGGACUCAUACCAGGUGUCCGAGCUUGUUAGACACUAUAACAUCCGCUCCGUAACAGCACAUGUCCAUGAAGCAAAUGAAGAAGGGUUGGACUGGUAUUUUGCGCGUGGAUUUAAGGUUGAAGGUGAUGUAGCCGAUUACUAUCGGCGACUGAAGCCGUCGGGCGCGAAGAUCGUACGACUAGACUUGAACUGGAACGAAGAAGCUGAAACACAUGCUCCGAAUGAAAGUCCCCAGAUUAUCACUCCGCCUGGUGAAGUAGAAGACGAGGACUGGGAGAAGGUGGAGGUGGAGGAUGGCGAAGAAGGUGACCAUGGAAUACAGCAUUUGAAUGAGUCGCAAGUCCUUGAAAAGCAGGACACGCCUUCGCGUAAGCGCAAGGCUGAAGACGACAAUUACAAGCCCCUGGUUGAGUGA